AUGGCCAUCCCAGCAGGCCAAGAAGCUUUCCCGUUGACCGGCUACUGUAUCCCCCAGUGUACUGGAGUGGGUCUACCGGAGGACGGUAUCGUCGUUUUCGGCAGUCAGCUGCAUACCCAUCUGACCGGCGUCGCUGUCUGGACGCGACAUUCCCGCCGCGAGGUCGAGUUGCCCGUCCUCAACAGAGAUCUGCACUACUCCACCCAUUUCCAGGAGAUCCGGAUACUGCAUCGCCCGGUCAAAGUGUUGCCGGGCGACUUCUUGGAGACGACAUGCAUCUACAACACUAUGGACAAAUUAAACGCGACAAUCGGCGGGCACGCCAUUACGGACGAGAUGUGCGUGAAUUACAUGCACUACUAUCCCGCCACCGAACUGGAGGUCUGCAAGAGUGCUGUUUCCAAUCUCGCAUUGGAGAACUACUUCAAAUUUGAGCGCAGAUGGGAUAAUAUGUCUAUUUCGUACGAUUCACCUCCCCGAGCAAAUUAUUUAUCUAUUAAACCUUGGACCCCACUGCGGGCGAGUGCUUUGAACGCUCUUUACACAGAAUCACCGAUAUCAAUGCAGUGUAACAAAUCAGAUGGUAAUCGGUUCCAGGGUGAUUGGGAAGGGUUACCGAUACCGAAAAUAAGAGUACCGUUACCCAAAGAGCAGCGCAUUUGUCCGAAAAUUCAAAAACGUGUAAAUAAAAUAAUGGCAUAUAAAAAAUAUUUUUACAGGAAUGCAAAA